UCUUAUCACUCACCACCAAUGGCUCUACAACUAUUGAAGCUCCCAUGGUGGGAAGAACUGCAAGCGUUACAGAUUCUUCAACUUCUUCUUCUCUUCAUUCCUUCUUUAUUUAUUAUAUUAAAGAUUGCUAGACUAGCCGAGAAAUCCAAUUUACCACCAUCUCCACCAAAGCUUCCCCUUAUUGGAAACCUUCACCAGCUGGGGACACUCCCUUAUCGCUCUCUUAGAGAUCUUUCUCACAAGUAUGGACCUCUCAUGUUCAUGCAAUUGGGCUCUUCACCAACUCUUGUAGUUUCCUCUGCUGAGAUUCUUGAAGAGAUCACAAAGUCUAGAGAUAUUGUGUUUUCAAAUAGGACCAGAAUGGCUGCCGGUGAGAAGCUCUUCUAUGGCUGGAGCGACUUGGCGUUUGCACCCUACAGUGAGUAUUGGAGACAGGUGAGGAAGUUUUGUGUACUAGAGCUCUUGAGUGUUAAGAGGGUACAGUCAUUUAAGUUUGAUAGAGAAGAAGUAGUUGGUAUCAUGAUUGAGAAGAUAAAUCAUUCAUCACAAAUUGAAAACCCAGUUAAUAUAUCUGAUUUGCUACUCAUUACAUCCAAUAACUUGAUCUCACGAAUUGCUUUGGGUGGGAAAUACCAUGGAGAAGACAACAAUGAGAGCAAAGUAUGGCAACUGAUGAGGGAUUUGGUAGCAAUCUUUGGAGUAUUUUGUGUGCGUGACUUCUUCCCAUUGUUGGGAUGGAUUGAUAAACUGAGUGGCUUGGACAGAAAAAUAAACAAGACUUUCAAAAGCUUAGAUGCGUUCCUUGAUCAAGUGAUCCAAGAACAUCUCAUGGGGAAAAAAGAUGAUGAGCAAUCAAAUCAAGAAGACUUUGUAGAUCUUUUGCUCCAAGCUCAGAAGGACUCGACGUUCAACAUCCCCCUCACUCACAACAAUAUCAAAGCAAUUCUUCUGGACAUGUUUGUUGGUGGAACUGACACAUCAGCCAUAACUGUUGAAUGGGCAAUGGCAGAGCUUAUUAGGAACCCCAGAGUGAUGAAGAAAGCCCAAGAAGAGGUAAGAAGAGUGGUGGGGAAGAAAUCCAGGGCUGAAGAAGAUGAUAUUUGUCAAAUGGACUACUUAAAGUCUAUUAUGAAGGAAUCACUGAGAUUACAUCCUCCUGGGCCCUUGUUGUUUCCACGAGAAACUACCAAAGAUACUGAUAUCAAAGGUUACCAUAUUCCUUCUAAGACAAGAGUUUUUAUUAAUGCAUGGGUGAUACAGAGGGAUCCCAAAUUAUGGGAUAAUCCUGAAGAGUUUAUUCCUGAGAGAUUUACCAGCAGCCCAGUUGAUUUUAAAGGCCAGGACUUCAAAUACAUUCCAUUUGGCACAGGGCGCAGGAGUUGCCCAGGAAUAUCAUUUGCCUCGGCGUCCUCUGAGUUAAUUCUUGCCAACCUGUUAUACUGUUUUGACUGGGAGUUACCAGGGAAUGCCAGAAGAGAAGACUUAGACAUGAUUGAAGCUUUUGGGAUUGCACUCCAUAAAUAACAUCCACUUUAUCUUCUUCCAAAAGCUUACAUUUUUUAAGCUUAUAAAAUGCAUUUUAUUUGAAGGUUGCAGAUCAUGCUAUUGAUAUAGGAAAUAUACAAUAUUUUAUAUAAAAUUAUGUUAUGAUUUUCUUUGUUUGGUUACUUCUUCUGUUUUGUUUUGUUUGAUUCGGGCUGAAAAAGAUGUAUAAGAUUCGCCCUAAAAUAAAAAGAUGUACAACAUGGUCUUAUGUUGAGUAUGGAAAUAAUAUAUUGAUUGAUCAUUGAUUUUC